CAGUUUUUAAAUUUGGCAUCACUCUACGUUGAAGUUAAGUGAAACGAUUUGAUAAUUAGCAGUGAUUUACGCAGUAUAGCUAUUUGUAAUGCUCAUGAAUUCGGGUUUAAGAUGUAACACUGUAACAGUGCAAAUUUGGAAGCAGUGGAAUUUUUCUUCUAAAUUCGCAAACAUUCCUUUUUACAAUUCAUAAAAACGCUGGUCGGUGUGUAAAAAUAAUCAAAAGGAAUUCUGGAUAUUUUAUCCCUCAUACUUAAUGUUUUAGGCAAUUUUUUUAAUGUAUGGGGGAGCGUACAGUGGGAUGAAUUUCUCGUUUUAAGCAUUUAAAAAGCGCAUCUCAAAAUCUUCUCUCUUCAAUCAUUCUUUCUUUCGUUGUGAGCAGUUUCGUGUGUCGUAAUAUGAGUGAUAAGUUGUGUGCUCUAGUAUCUGAUCGAUGAAGCCCUAAUAUCGGUAAAACUGAAAAUGGAAAACAGUCCGUCCCUAUUCAUUCAAGCGUUCUUCACCUAUUUAUCUUGUGUACCCUUAUGUGUCUCACAAAGUUCCUCUGAGGAAGCUGCAGCUGAAGAGGCAGCUGAAAAAUUGCUAAGAGACACAUUUGAAUCUGAGAAAUUUGUUCCUGAUAUAAUUCCUGAGCCCCCGCUCGAGCAACUGCAGGUUAUAUAUAAUGGCAGCAAAGUUCCAUUAGGAGGCUUGAUACCUUUUGAUCAAGCUGCAAAUCGGCCGAUAUUAAAAUGGGACGAAAGAGAUGCAUUCUACACGAUUAUAAUGACCGAUCCUGAUUCACCCUCACGGUCUGAUCCAAGGUUGAGCGAACUACAACACUGGAUCAUCGGAAAUGUUUAUAGACGAAAUAUUUCCUCAGGUGAGACUUUUGCAGAGUACACCGGCCCACGGGAUGCCCGCGAGUUUGUUGUCGAAGAAGGAAUUCACAGGUACAUUAUAUCCGUUUUCGAACAGAUAGGGAAGCAAGUUUUCACAGAAAGGCGGAUACCACGAGAAAAUAUGCUUUUUCGCGGACUAUUUAACACGAGUAAGUUUGUCAAAGAAUACAGGCUGAGAGGGCCUGUUGCGGCUUCAUACUUUACAGUGGAUCAUGAAGCAACCAAACUAAUACCAGAGAGCAACGCCACAGCCAGCCAAAACGCCCGAAUUAGAAAGAUUCUGAGUGAUAAAAACAUUUAAUAAUAUUUUCCUUAGUCAAUUACACCGUUGAAUAUUUUAAACAUAAAUAAUUUACGAAGACGUUGUCAUUAUAUUUUUCCUUGCUAUCGAUAGAAACACUCCAUAGGAUCAAUGUUGUUUUGAUGAUCAGAUAAAAGUUUUUACUUGUUAA